AUGGCGGGACCCGGGGGUUGGAGGGACAAGGAGGUCCCAGAUCUAGGCCACUUGCCGGAUCCAACUGGAAUAUUCUCACUGGAUAAAACAAUUGGCCUAGGUACUUAUGGCAGAAUCUAUUCGGGUCUCCAUGAAAAGACUGGUGUAUUUACAGCCGUUAAAGUGAUGAAUGCUUAUAAGACCCCUUUACCUGAAAUAGGAAGGCGGCAAGUGAAUAAAUAUCAAGUAUCUGUUGGAUGGAGGAGAUACAGUGAUGAGGAAGAGGAUCUCAGGACUGAACUCAACUUUCUGAAGAAGUACUCUUUCUACAAAAACAUUGUGUCCUUCUAUGGUGCAUUUUUUAAGCUGAGUCCCCCUGGCCAGAGGCACCAACUUUGGAUCUUGAUGGAGUUAUGCGCAGCAGGCUCAGUCACUAAUGUAGUGAGAAUGACUAGAAAUCAGAGUUUGAAAGAAGAUUGGAUUGCUUAUAUCUGCCGAGAAAUACUUCAGGGCUUAGCUCAUCUUCAUGCACACUGUGUAAUUCACCAGGACAUCAAAGGUCAGAGUGUGCUAUUGACUCAUAAUGCUGAAGUAAAACUAGUGGAUUUUGGAGUGAGUGUCCAGGUAAGCAGAACUAAUGAGAGGAGAAACAGCUUCAUUGGGACACCAUACUGGAUGGCACCUGAGGUGAUUGACUGUGACAAGGACCCAAAAUGUUCCUAUGAUUACAGAAGUGAUGUGUGGUCCAUGGGAAUCACUGCAAUUAAAAUGGCUAAAGGAGUUCCUCAUUCUGAUCAACCAAAAUCUAAAGACAUUUCACUCUAUGGAAGCCUUCAGCCCUUGGAAGCCCUCUUUGUUAUUUUGCGGGAAUCUGCUCCUAAAGUUAAAUCCAGUGGAUGGUCCCACAAGUUUCACAAUUGCAUGAUAAAAAAUUUCCUAUUUCAUCAAACUUCUGCAAAUAUGCUUCAUCACUCAUUUGUUCAGAAUAUAAAAAGAAGGUAUGUUGUUGAGUCACUGAAAAAGCAUCUUACUGGAAUCAUUUAAAAGAGACAGAAAAAAGGAAUACCUCUGAUCUUUGAAAGAAAAGCUAUUAAGGAGCAAUACACCAUGAGAAGAUUCAGAGGACCUUGUACUCAUGAGCUUCUGAGACUGCCACCCAGCAGUAGAUGCAGACCACUUACAGUCCUGCAUGGAGAGCCCUCUCAGCCAGGGUGGUUACCUGAUCAAGAAGAGCCACAGGUCCAGGCAAAUCACCGACUACAAGGAGCAGCUCAGGUGUUCGUGCCACUACAGGCUCAGGUUAAGGCUAAACCAUCUGGGCCCCAACAGAUGCAGAUUAAAGCACCUCCACAACUGCGGAGGGCAGCCUGGGUGCUCAUGCCACUACAUGCUCAGGUUAAGGCACCUAGGCCUCUACAGCUACAGACCCAAGUACCCAAAAAGCAGCAAGCUCAGGCUCAGCCUCAGGCAUUAAAUGAACCCCAGGGUCUGGACCAGGUACCAGAGGAAUAUCAGGGGGAAGAUCAGGUAUGUGAACAACAACAAAAGGAAGGCCAAACCCCUGAACAACAGCAGGAGCAGAACAAGGUGUCUGAAGAGCAGCUGGAACAGAACCAGGUGCCCAGUCAUCCAGAGGUACAAGAACAGGCCCCUGAGUCCACACAGGCAGAGAUAAGGGCAGAAGAACCACAGUCAUUACAGGUACAUGCUCAGUUACUCUUGCCUCUACUGUCACAGAACCACCACGUACUGUUACCACUACAUUUGGAUACUCAGGUGCUCAUUCCAGUAGAGGGGUAAACCAAAGAGUCACCUCCAGCACAAGCCUGGGGACUAGAGCCCCCACAGGCAGUUGGUUCAGUUCAAACACUGAUAGAGGGACUAUCAAGAGACUUACUUCAAGCACCAAACUCACAUAACUCAAAGCCACUUGGUCCAUUGCAAACCCUGUCAGAAAAUCUGUCAUCAAACGUGUUUUACUCUCAACCAGAACAGGCAAGAAGAAAAAAAUCAAAGGUUUCUAGUCUAAGGCAGGCGUUGGCAAAAAGACUGUCACCAAAGAGGUUCUGGGCAAAAUUAUCACAGAGACCUGAAGAGUUUGAGCUCUCAGAUUUACAAGCCUGCAGGCAAAGGUGCCAACACAGAUGGGAGGAUACCUUUAAUCAACAUGAGGAAGAAUUGAGAUAAGUUUCAAGUGGCAAAGAAGAUGAAUUAUCAGACAAUGAUGAAGUAUUUUAUUCAGUUCAGGCUGAAGUCCAAAUAGAACCAUUGCAACCAUAUGUCCCAAAUCCUAAAGGAAAUGAGUUCCAAGAAAGAUCUACUUCUGUGCCUUACAACCAGGGUCAUGCACACCAUGUCAAGUUCUCUUCAAGACAUUCCACAGAAUCUUUGAGGGAAGAAAGACCAGUGACUGAGAGAAGAUCCCAGUCAUCACCUCCUUAUUCUACAAUUGAUCAGAAGUUGCUGGUUGAUGCCCAUAUUCCAGAUGGAUUUAAAGUAGGAAAAAUAUCAUCCUCCAUUUACUUGACAAAUGACUAGGUAGGCUAUAGCAGUGAAAUCUUCUUUAAUUAUUGGUUAAUUCCUGCACCUUUCAUUCAGCUACCUGAAGAAAGUGAUGAUUAUGUUGAACUCUAUAAUGCUGGUACUGAUACUGAUGAUGAUGAUGAUUCAAAUGAUGUGUUUGAAGAUACCUAUAACCAUGAAAAUGGCCAUGAUGUCUUAGAUAACCAGAUUGUGGCUAAUGAUGUCAGUGAAAACCAUGGUGAUGAAAACAAUGAUGAAGCUGUUGAUGACAAAGAUAGUAAUCAUGAUGGAGCUUGUAACUGGCAAAGGUCAAGCUAUAACAGAAGUUGAAGCUGGAAACAAAAUUGUAGAGAUGGAGGUGAUGGAGGAGGAGAAACCUGUAGCACCUAUGGAAGCCAGAGAACCAGUAGAAGCCAUAUAGAAUAUGCAGUCAGUGGGGACAAUGCAGCUAUUGGAGAUCAUGAAGGAGACAGAGCCAAUAUAGGAAGCAGGGGAAGAGGCAUAGAGGGUAAUGGGGGUAGGUGUGUCAAUGAAAUCAAUGAAGAGAGUGAAGCCCUUGAAUUCAAUGAAGGAGAAACUUGCUCAAAGAGAGAUGGUCCAGGAUUGGAGAGACCAGCAUCACAGAACUUUGAACAUCAAUGGGAGGAGUCAGUUGGUGGAAGUGAGGCCUCAAACACCAUUUCCUCAGGUGCUGAACCCACAGCACCUGGUGAUGAGAAUGACAGUAUGGACAUAUCAGAGGCAAUCACAGAAUCAGGUUUUUCUGCUAGCUGCUCAUCUUCUAGCUCUGGGAAGACUGCAAAUGCUGAGUUUGCCAGUGCCAUACUAUAUGCUGGAUUAGUGGAAGUACCUGUGAAAUCACUGAAGAAACCCUCUGAAGCCCAUGUUAACCCACUAUAUGUCUCUUCUGCAUAUAAAAUACCACUUAUCCACGUGUAUAAAAAGGAAUUCACUUCUGAGAUAUGCUGUGGUUUUUUGCGGGGAGUGAAUUUGCUGUUGGGAACCCGACCUAAUCUGUAUUUUAUGGACAGAAGCGGAAGGGCAGAUAUUACAAAAUUUAUAAAGCAAAGGCCAUUCCAUCAGAUUCAAGUUGUAGAGCCACUCAAUUUGCUGAUUACCAUCUCUGGCCAUAAAAACAGACUUCGGAUAUAUCAUUUGACCUGGCUGAGGAAUAAGAUUUUGAAUGAUGAUCCAGAAAGUAAAAGACAAUAGGAAACACUAAAGACAGAGGAAGGCUGCAAAGCUAUUGAUAAGUUAACAGACUGUGAACACUUUAGUGUUCUCCAACAUGAAGAAACAACAUAUACUGCAAUUGUUUUGAAAUCCUCAAUUCACCUUUAUGCAUGGGCACCAAAGACCUAUGCUGAAAGUACUGCUAUUAAAGUGAAUGUAUGCAUUGAUCAAUCAGCAGAUUCUGAAGAAGGCUACAUGUCCUAUGAAGCCUAUGUAAAAAUACUGGCAAAAAUGCAGGGAGCUGAUCCAGUGAACCAUUUUAAGAGACCAGAUGAGCUCCUUCACUUGCAGAAGCUCAAGGUAUUUGCAACACUUGGUCAUAAACCAGUGACAGUAGACUUGACUAUUUGUUCUGAAUAAAUACUAAAUAUUUUCUUCAGCUGAAGAGAUGGAUAUCACAUCAUUGAUGCAGAAUCUGAGGUUAUGUCUGAUAUAACCCUGCCAAAUAAUAUAAGAUCCCUGCCCAUGGAAAUCAUUAUACCACAGAAUAUCAUCAUUUUACCUGAUUCCAUGGGAAUUGGCAUGAUGCUCACCUUCAAUGUUGAAGCCCUUUCUACAGAAGCAAAUGAACACCUCUUCAAGAAGAUCCUUGAAGUGUGGAAAGACAUACCAUCUUCAGUAGCUUAUGAAUGUACACAGCGAACUGCAGAUUGGAGCCAAAAGACCAUUGAAGUCCGCUCUUCACAAUCGAGGCUUCUGGAAAGUGAAUUGAAGCACAGAUCAAUGAAGAACCUGAGACUUCUGUGUACCCAAAGUGACAAGCUAUUUUUUACCUCUACUCUGCGCAAUCACCACAACCGGGUUUACUUUAUGACCUUUGGAAAACUUGAAGAGCUCCAAAGCAACUAUGGUAUUUAAAAGGUUCCAGUGAUUUAUUACAUUUACAAAUAUCAUAAAUAUGCAAUUUGCAUCUUAAAAUUUCUGAGAUUAAAUGAGUAUUCAGUUUUAUUAUUAGGGAAAAAUUAAAUCAGAUACUUCUAAUAUAGCACAGAAUAGUUCUAAUGAGAAAUGGGGCUUUAUAUAUAAAAUUAACUAUAACAAGCUCUAUGUACUCCAGUGUCUUUUGCACAAACUUUGUAACUGUUAAUGUGUAUUCAAACAUUUUUCUUUGUACAGUUUGGACAGUAUCUAUAUUCAGAGUUUUAUAACAUGGAGUAAAGAAACCUGUAAUGAUGCAAGGAAAAUAAGACCAGCAACACUGAAAGAGAAAAGAAACCAACAGAGACAAGAGGGAAGGAGGGAAGUGU